ACGCAAUACAAAGGCGACGGGAGGUACCGCUAACGAACAACUUUGCUAGGUUUUAUCACAUCAGUGAGAGACGUGGAAAACAACGGAGGGGAUUGAUAAGUAACAUAGUCAUAAGUGUACAGCUUUCAUUAGCGGUGUUGCAACACCGUUGCACAUUAAAUCCUAACGAUUAGAUACGAAAUAAUACUGUCGCUUCUACAAACAAGCGUGUCACACAAUCACGGAACAGUGAGCGGCCUUUCAUUUGAAGCUGACCAGACUCCCAGAUGGAGGAGCUGCACCCCCACUGCCUGACAUGCGUGAACCGGAGGUGCAUGACGCGGCCGGAGCCGGGGUCCUCGUGCGACCUGAUGGGCUGCCCGCUGGUGUGCGGCGCCGUCUACCACUCCUGCAAGGCCGGCGAGCACCGGCUGCUCUGCCCGCUGGAGCGGGUGCCCUGCCUGAACAGCGGCUUCGGCUGCCCGUUCACACUGCCACGCGGGCGCCUGGCUGAACACCUGAGCAUCUGCCCGGCCAGCGUGGUGUGCUGCACCAUGGAGUGGAACCGCUGGCCGGUCAGCUAUGCGGACCACAAGUCUUACGAACACCUGAGCUGUGGAGGCGGUAGCGGCGGUGGCGGCAACGGCAACGCCGGCUUCGGCGGCAGCGAGGCGGAGCCCGUGGAGCAGCUGGACAUGGCGCUGGCGCUGCAGGACCAGCGCAUGCUGUUGGAGUCGCUCCGCGUCACCACCACCGUCACCAGAGCCACCAAAGACGAGGGCCAUCCCCAGCCGCUGAUCCAGAAACAGCCACUUCAGUACCACCACCAGCAGCAGCAACAACAACAACAGCAGCAGCAACUUCAACAACAACAACAACAACAACAACAACAACAACAGCAGACUCCGAGGCCUUCGUCGGUGGACCUGACGCGCGGACUUAUGGACAUGCAGCAGGAGUCGUACAGUGAGCUCUACAAGGCCUCAGUGGAGACCAGCCGGAGCCUGGCGGCGGCGCUGGACAUCUUGACCAGUGCCAACAAGGAGAUCGACCUGCUCAUGGACAGCUUGGCCGAGAAGGAACCACGCAAUGGCACACGACACUCUGCCGGAGAGGUCAACGGCGAGUGUCGGCGCGGCAGCAAGGAUGUAGAGAACGUGGAGAUGAAGGAAGGCGACUCGGACUCAGAAUGCGAACUGGGGGCAGUGGGAGGGGUGGACCUCAACCACGCCAACGGCAUGAGCUGGGAGAGCCAUAACGGCUUCGGCAAGGCCAUCGAGGUCAUCGUGGACGGAAGAGACAGCGACACAGAGGAGCGAGAGAUGCAGUGUGUCAAGUCCCGGAGGAAGGAGAAGCCCCUGUGUAAUGGAUUUCACCGCCCCGAGAGCAGAGGGGCACAUCACCACCGGCGGAGCCAGCACAGACUGCAGGGCAGCGGGCAGAACGGGUCCACCGACCACCAGCCAGAGGUGGUGCUCCACUCCAGGCCCGUGGUGGUGGUGGAGCCUGCCAUAGCUCACCACGCCACUUUCUCUGUCCCCUGCUUAUCACUGCCAGUGCAGAAGGCCCUCCCUCAUCCAGAACAGAGGGCCCUCCCCUUAACCAGUCACCGUGGGAUGGUUGAGGAGGUCGGGGAAGGGCUCUACAGGAAUGGGGAGGGACUGCAGCCACUGGUGGUGGUGGACGGGGACGAUCUUGCCCUGGAUUUGGAACAAGUGCUUCAGCCACUGGUGGCGGUCGAAGACGGGGCACUUCAGGAGGAUGAGGCCGAGCUCCCACCGCUAGUGGUGGGCGAGGAGCUGGAGGAUGUGGAGCUGCAGCCGUUGGUGGUGGAGGCGGCGGGCGAGGAGUUGGAGGCGGUGGCGGUGGGGCCGCCGGUGAAUGGGGAGGGGGCCGCCGGUGGGGACGGUGCUGACCGCUGGCUGGAGCGCAAGCUGCACAGCCUGCAGGUGCUCCAGGGCGUGUUCAACUUCAACGGGCGCCGAGCCGUGCCGUGCUACCGCCUCGGGUACCGCAGCAAGAUGGAGGACAAGGCGGUGGACACGCUGGACCUGGAGGUGUCGGAGGACCCCAUGGGCCUGCACGGCAUCGACCUGAUCACGGCGGCGCUGCUCUUCUGCCUGGGCGACUCGCCGAGCGGCCGCGGCAUCUCGGACAGCCGCUUCGUGGAUGGCUACCGCAUGGACUUCGGCACGCAGACCUUCUCCUUCCCGUCGGCCAUCCUGGCCACCAACACCAUGGUGGGCGACAUCGCCUCGGCGUCGGCCUGCGACCACGCCAGCCCGCAGCUGUCCAACCCGAGCCCGUUCCACACGUUGCGCCUGGACCUGGUGUUGGAGUGCGUGGCGCGCUACCAGACCAAGCAGCGCUCCAUGUUCACCUUCGUGUGCGGCCAGCUGUUCCGCCGCGACGAGUUCUCGUCGCACUUCAAGAACGUGCACGGUGACAUCCACGCCGGCCUCAACGGCUGGAUGGAGCAGCGCUGCCCGCUGGCCUACUACGGCUGCACGUACUCGCAGCGGCGCUUCUGCCCGUCCAUGCAGGGCUCGCGCAUCGUCCACGACCGUCACCUGGGCUCCUUUGGUGUGCAGUUCAACGUCCCCGCCCUGCCCUACCCCGCCACCACCGACCGCAUCGGCACCAAGCGCAAGACGUGCCAGUACGGGAACCAGUGCGACCACCUGAGCAUGUUGCCCUUCGAGGUCCUCCAGCACGUGGCCAGCUUCCUGGACGGCUUCAGCCUGUGCCAGCUGUCCCGCGUCUCACACACCAUGAGGGACGUGUGUGCUAGUCUGCUGCAGGGCAGGGGCAUGGUCGUGCUGCUCUGGCAGAAGGUUCGCCAGCCCAACGGCUCCAACUCCUGGCAGAUCAAAGACAAGGUGUGGCGGUUCAGCACAGCCUUCGGCACGGUGAACGAGUGGAAGUUUGCCAACAUCUCCAGCAUGGCCGACCACCUGAAGACGUGCAAGUUCAACAUGGUUGCCCGCCGCGAGGAGGCCAUCCCCCUUCCCUGCAUGUGCUUCACCCGUGAGCUGACCCGUGAGGGACGCUCACUCCGCUCCGUCCUCAAGCCAGUGUUAUAACACACGCACACACACACACACACAUACACACACAUAGAUUCAAACACUCCGGUUGAACUGUUGCAAAAAACACAUCAUGCAGAUGCAAACAAUAUCUUCUGAACUCUAGCAAAUGCAAAGAAUCAUGUGGUCAAAAUCAUGGACUUCUUCACGCUCACUCAAAGCAUCAAAGCCCAGCGCUGCUCCAUCGGUCAUCUUCCAAGUUAUUCUCGUGUCAUCAUGAUUCUUUUUUUCUCUUCCCAGCACAGAACUCAGACUGUGGGCUGCAGCAGAUUGUUAUGAACUUUUUUCUGACACUCUGCGGAUGUGUAAAUAAAACAUAGCCGUUUUUGAGGUUUUAAAAAAAAAAAAAAAUUAUAUUUUUUCUAAGGAAAAUACUGUGCCGACUCGGAAGAAUAAAUGGGUAAUACAACAAUAAAUGAAGUAGAAAGCAGAGCCUUAAUGGAGAGAGAGAGAGAAAAAAAGAAAACACUUGAUUUUGAGCUGGGCAGAAACCUUUAAUAAUAACUCUGCCAUGCCGAAUUAUUACUGUAAUGUUUUAUACUCUUGCAUGGUGUGAUUAAAACACAUGUAGCAGCCGCCUCUAUUAAGAUUGAUACGUGCUUGUGUUGAGACGCACGCACCCUCAAUCUGAAAAGCUCAUGGAUUUUUAAGUUUGAUUAUUUCGAUUCUUUUUCAGAAGGAAACUAUAAUGUCCAAAGGCAGUGUUGUGUUGUGGACUCGUUGGUCAAGUUGGACUUUAUGUGUGGACUGGCUAAACAUCAGGAAGUCAUGUCUGUUUUUCUUUCUUUUUUAAGAUUAUAUAUUAUCGUUAGUGUGCUGUAGAUCUGUUUUAUUUUGUGUCUGCCUGAUGGAUAUUUUUUUUUGUGGUCCUGUGGUGUUUUGGAACCCCAACAGUUCUUGUGUCUUGACUUGAAGUACACAGUUGAUACAGUUUAGAGGCGAGAGAAUCACCUAGCACUUUACUGGAUUUUUCGAUAUGAAGUUUACCGUUAUUAUUUUGUUUUUGUUUUGUUUGUUUUUGUGACUCCAGCAUCAGCUUGUGUGGUGGUGAGCACUGAGAAAGCCCCACCCCCCCAAACUCUUCUCCCCUUAGCUCUCUGCUCUGUCUGUGCCUACAGUUUAUCUAACAACACCUUCAAACUACAUAUUGUCCCCGUCAUGCCCCCCAUUUUCUGUCUACCAGCUGAUGUUGAUACAAAGUGGCCCUGUCAGGACUAGCAACCUUUUUGUCUUCCACUGACUACUCCAAGACCACCGACCUUCUGCGGUAAGCAGUCUUCAGUAUUCCACCGUGGUGUCAACAACAACUAGUGCUUUUGACUCCCCAACAGAGAGGCAGUCAGAGGACGGCUCUUAAGGGAGUAGAGGACCCAGACGAGACUCAAGGCUAUAGAGCCUGCUGGGUGUCUGCCCCAGACCAGCACACUAGUGAGGCCAAGUCUUUAGACACUCUGCUCCAGACCAGCACACUAGUGAGGCCAAGUCUUCAGACGCUCUGCUCCAGAUUAGCAGACUAGAAAGGCCAUGUAGUCUUCAGGUGUUCUGCUCCAGACUAGCAGACUAGUAAAGCUAUGUAGUCAGGAGUUGUUAGCCAGAUUAACUUCAGAUAUCUGAGGGACUGUGUAUGUCUCUCUGACCUGCUCACUGUUAAACCAUUCCAGAGUUUUAACCCUGUGUUGAAAGCCAAACGGUAGCACUGAAAGGGCUUCACAUUAUCUGGGCAUAGUCACUUAGAGGAGCGAAUGUACAAGAGAGGUCAAUGUAGGGUUUUUUUUUUUAGGGGGACGGGCAGGAUGAGUAUCACGUAUGUUGGGUGUUUGAUUUUGGCUUUUGGGUAAAGGUGACAGAUUACGGUCAUCGCCAGGGUUUGGUAACAGAUGGCGGUUGUUGUUAGGUCAAUGCUCAGGGUUAAGAGUUCAGUAGUGUGGUUGGAGUGGGCUUGCUGUUCUGUUCUUCUCUGUCUCUGUGUAUCUCUGUGUCCCUCUCUCUCUGACGCCAGAUGGGUGGCCACUGAUCCACAGCCUUUAAAGUGUCUUCAGGGUACUAGACUUGUUUAAUGCAUGUUGACACAUGUGUGGUUUAAUAAAAAACUAUUUGCAAUCUUUUUACAUUG